AUGGCUCGCCGUCCGGGUGAAUUUGAUGAUGGCUAUGCGUUUGUUUCGAGCGAUACAGAGCUCCCGCCUGCCGACACAUACUCUGCCAACCCGCAAACUCCAUAUGAGCCAUAUGAGCAGCGCCCCUCUGUUCAACCAACCGUCCCAACAUCGACACACCUUCCCGAUAUCACCACAUACUGGGCAGACACAGGUCUCUCUACCCACCAGUCCCUUCCACAUGGCGCUUCGCAACGUGGCAAUGAGCUAGCGAGCCCAGAGUCUCCUAUCGAUCCUGCGGCUCUCCAAUUUGCUCUUCCGCCAAACAUAUUUCAAACUGGCCCAAUCUCAGUUGAUCGAGACUUUGAGCCUCCUUCUGCUGACGCGUUUGCCGCAAUCUCUACUGCUUAUUACGACGAUCACAGCCAUUUUGACCCCAGCAGCGACUCCGACCGUGUUCCUUUGACAGCAAGUGCAGAGCCAAUAUCUGGGUCCUCUGGCGUACCACCCGAUGGCAUCCAGUCGCACAAUAGUUUCCAGACUGUUGCCAGUUCAGAUGGUGGCCAAGAAGAAACCCGCGAUUCAAGGAUGCUCGGGUAUGAUCUGGAACCGGGCUACGACACAGGCGGCCGGCAACGCAGCUAUGGUAAUUCUCUCACACCUGACAAUACCACUCGGCGGCCAAGAUCUACAUCCACAACAGGUGCACUUCAAAAAACAGCAUCCAUUGUGAGGGCCAUGUCGCAGCGCGUCGUAGACAUCAGUGGAGGUGGUGAGGCCCUUGAGCAACAGGCCCUUCGCGACCGGUCUCGUUCACCUAGCAGAGAUGCCCAAAGCACCCACCAUUUAUCAUCUCCCGUACUUGUCGAUACGUCGUAUCAGCCACAAGUUUUUGGCACUCCACUUGAGAAAAAAGGUGAAUCCGAGUUCGCCGUCUCUCAGCCUCCCCCGCUCUCUCAUUACAGGGCCCCGAUGCCGAAUCCGUUGAGAGGCAAGUCUCUCGGUAUUUUUUCUGCAGACAACACAUUCCGAUUAUGGCUUUGCGACCUUCUUAUGCUUCCUUGGGUCGAGUCAUUCAUCUUAGUCUUGAUUGUCUUGCAAGCGGUUCUUCUUGCAGUCGAAGCCGCCCCAGAUGUCUGGUCUCAAGGAAAUGGACGUCCUGAACGUUGGGGGAAAACCCCAUACGACUGGGCUAAGCUCGGCCUAUUCGUUGUCUUCACGCUUGAGAUCAUAGCUCGGAUAAUUGUAUCCGGCUUUGUUUUUAACGCUGCCGAAUAUAGUACCAUAGACAGAAAACGAGGCAUGCGCCAAGGCGUCCGCGCCGCCGUGACCGACCAAUACCGAUCAUUUUUCCAGCCCCAACGACAGCGGUCAGUGAAACGGCCCCCCGUGGAAACUUACGGACCUUCUUCUUUCGCUCGGUCCUUUACACUGAUGCAAGGCCAACCCCUGCCGGAGACGUACGAAGAACAGCAGCGGAUGCAACUGGCCCGGCGUGCUUUUCUGAGGCACAGCUUCAGUCGCUUAGAUUUCGUUGCUGUCGUGUCAUUCUGGGUUUCAUUUGUACUCAGCAUCACUGGUAUAGAGUACCAGUACCAUCUAUACGUCUUUCGUAUGCUAAGCUGCCUUCGCAUCGUUCGACUUUUGGGCAUCACCAAAGGAAACGCUAUCAUUUUAAGGAGCUUGAAAAAAGCGGCCCCGCUACUUGUCAGGGUCUCCUUUUUGAUCGUAUUCUUCUGGCUUCUGUUCGCUAUCAUUGGUGUGCAGAGCUUCAAGUCCAGUCUCAGCCGCCAAUGCGUUUGGCUGGAUCCCUCACAACCCGAUAAUUUGACUGCGGCUUACACAAACGAGUUUGGAUUUUGUGGUGGACACCUGAAAAAUGAUUCCAAUCCCAAUCCAACCACGCUUCCGUGGGUCAUGAUGACCGAGGCUGGGAACCUGAGCUCGCUCGUUAAUGGAACUCGCAACGGAAAAGGCUUUGUUUGUCCUAGGGGCUCGAUCUGCCUCCAACAAGAAAGUCCCUACAACGCCACAGUCAACUUUGACGACAUUCUCCAUUCUCUGGAGCUCGUUUUUGUCAUUAUGAGCGCAAAUACUUUCAGCGAUCUUAUGUAUUACACGACAAACUCUGACUACCUUGUCGCUGCCCUUUUUUUUGCUGCUGGUAUUAUGAUCAUGAUGCUGUGGAUGACCAAUUUGCUUAUCGCAGUCAUCACCUCGUCAUUCCAAGUCAUCCGAGAAGAAAGCAAAGGAAGCGCGUUCACUGCGGAUGAGAAUGAUUUCUUGGCGUCACGCCCAGACAGCGGACUUCGUAGAGCUACCAUGCUCCGACGUAUCUAUCAGAAGAUCACUUGGUUUUGGAUCCUCGCCAUUGCCUUCGAUUUAUUCGUUCAAGCUUUUCGCAGUGCUUCGCACGAGGGCAGGAUCGGCUUUAUCAACACCUGCGAAGUCGUCGUGACUGUCCUGCUUGAUAUCGAAAUAGUCAUUCGAUUUUCAUCGGAUUGGAGGCGGUUUCAUCACAGCAUACAGAAUCUUUUUGAUCUUGGGCUUGCUGUUAUUACAUCUGUCAUUUUGAUACCACCGAUUCGCAACUCAGGUCAAGUCUAUGCAUGGCUGACUGUUUUUCAAAUCCUCAGGGCUUACCGAGUGGUUCUUGCCAUCCCAAUGACACGAACACUGAUAAAAUUGGUCCUCGGAAACGCUACCGGUAUUGGAAAUCUAAUGCUGUUUGUCUUUUUAAUCACGUUCCUCGUCUCGAUUUUCGCCGUCCAACUCUUUCGAGGCGAAAUAACACCGCAAGACUCUAGCGGUAACGACAUAAGGAUUACCUUCGCCUCCAUAUUCAACUCUUUCUUGGGAAUGUAUCAAAUCUUGUCAAGUGAAAAUUGGACGGCGGUCCUUUACACUGUUACGGGGUUCACGAAGCGCCUUGACACGGCAUGGAUUGGUGCCAUUUUUUUGAUUGGCUGGUUCAUCUUAUCCUACUUCAUUUUGAUCAAUAUGUUUAUCGCCGUCAUCCAAGAAAAUUUUGAUGUGAGCGAAGAUCAAAAACGACUGGAACAAGUCAAGGCAUUUCUUCAAAGGCGAGAGCUUGGGACGUCUGCCAGCAACCUUUCGCUAUCUGCAAUGUUCUCCUUAGGACGGAGAGCAAAACGAAAGGACCCCCUCGACUACGGCCCUGGUAUGAUGGAGAUGCUCCUAAAAGAAGCUGUUGUUCGCGAAUUCUUAAACGAAGCUUUAGAUCCGCUCCAGGAUUCUACUGCGGGAAAUCAGUCGUCUUCUCAAGUUCAAGAUGUUCUCAGCGGCACGGCCAAGGCUGGAGUUUUGCCGGUAAUUUGGGCGAAAGUGUCACGAUGGACAUCCAGCAAAGAUCCGAAUCCUUUUUACUCUAAUGUUCGAUUCGAUGUUCGGAAUGAGAAUUUAGACCCGAGACAAAUGGCUCGACAGGCUGUAUCCGCGACAUCGGCACGGCGUAAAGCUCAGCGCGAGUACCUAGGACGCCAUCCAACCUACAACAAUUCACUGUUCAUUUUUACACCCAGAAACCCACUUCGGCGUCUUUGCCAGCGUCUAGUUGGUCCGGGUAGAGGCUCCGAGCGGUUUGACGGAGUGGAACCGAACAAGUACGCCUGGUACACUUUCUCGGCUUUCAUUUACGCGUCGAUCGUUGCCAUGGUCAUCAUUGCGUGUGUCACUACUCCUUUGUACCAAAAGCAGUAUUUCGAUGGUGGCCAUACGUUCAGCUUCAAAAACUGGUUUGUCUGGACCGACAUGGCUUUUGCCAUAGUGUUCACUGUCGAGGCGGUCGUCAAAAUUAUCGCGGAUGGCUUCUUUUGGACACCCAAUGCGUACUUUCGCAGUUCCUGGGGUAUCAUUGAUGCAGUCGUAUUAAUUACACUGUGGAUCAAUGUAGCGACAUUGUUUGCCAAUGAUGGGGCCGUUUCUCGAGCCGUUGGUGCCUUCAAGGCUCUCAGAGCACUGCGUUUGCUGAAUGUCAGUGAUAGCGCUCGAGAAACGUUUCACUCGCUUAUCAUUGUUGGCGGUUGGAAAAUUCUCAGCGCCGCAUUUGUCUCUAUUUCUCUCCUCAUCCCAUUUGCCAUCUACGGUCUCAAUCUUUUUCGGGGGCAAAUGGUCUCAUGUAACGACCAGAGCGGGUCGGUGCUGCGUCUUCAGGAUUGCACAGGCGAGUAUCUAAAUACACCCUUCAGCAACGACUGGCAGCUUUUGUCACCUCGCGUCGCAGAAAACCCAUACUACAGCUUCGAUGAUUUCGGAUCCUCGAUUCUUAUUCUGUUCACGAUAGUCAGCCAAGAGGGUUGGGUCGAUGUGUCCUUUCAAGCCCAGUCUGUCACAGGUGUUGGCAAUCAACCCCGAUUUGGAGCAGCCCAAGGCAAUGCGUUGUUUUUCGUUGCCUUCAACCUGCUCGCGACCAUCUUUGUGCUUACGUUAUUCAUCUCCGUUUUUAUGCGGAACUAUACAGAGCAAACUGGUGUUGCAUUUCUCACUGGGGAUCAAAGAGCAUGGCUCGAAUUACGCAAGCUUUUACGACAGAUAUCGCCGUCGAAGAGCUCCUACGAUGAUUCCAAAAACAAACUCAAGAAGUGGUGCCAUAAACGUGCUAUUGAAAAACACGGAAAAUGGUAUGUGGGCAUCACCAUGGUACUGGUGCUGCACCUCAUCCUCCUCAUUUUGGAAUACUCGUCAGAGCCGGACUGGUGGACCAACACACGUGACUACGUCUUCCUUGUCUUCACUCUCGUCUACAUGGCAAACAUAUCCAUCCGCAUUGUCGGCCUCGGAUGGAGCCGCUUUCGAAGAAGUUCUUGGGAUGUGUUCUCCAUGUGUGCCGUGGCCGGCGCAUUUGCGACAUCCAUUUUGUUCCUUGCCGAACCUGGCCAGGACACGUUCAUACAAUUGCACAAGUUCUUUCUUGUGGCUAUUGUUUUGCUCCUCAUUCCCCGAAACGAUGCGCUUGACCAAUUAUUUAAGACUGCAGCGGCCAGUGUGACGACGAUUGGGAGUCUUCUGGCCACUUGGUUGGUUUUCUUUUUGGUGUUUGCUAUUGCAAUGACACAGUCUUUCAGUCUGACCCGAUUCAGCUCGCAAGAAACAAAUAACAUCAAUCUGCGAACUGUUCCGAAUGCGUUGAUUCUAUUAUUCCGAAUGAGCUGUGGUGAGGGAUGGAACCAAAUCAUGGAAGAUUUCGCGGGUGUCGAGCCACCGCUGUGUGUCGAGGCACCGACCUUUUUUGGCAGCGACUGUGGCAGCACAGCCUGGGCAAGGGUCCUGUUCAUUGCAUGGAACAUCAUCAGCAUGUACAUCUUUGUCAAUUUGUUCGUGUCGCUUAUCUACGAAAGUUUCUCGUAUGUUUACCAGCGGUCCAGUGGACUCGCUGAUAUCAGCAGAGACGAGAUACGGCGUUUCAAAGAAGCUUGGCGCAGCGUGGACCCGAACGGCACGGGGUUUAUCUCCCGCGAAGCAUUUCCUCGCCUCCUCGGAGAGCUGUCUGGCGUGUUCGAAAUGCGUAUUUACGAUCACGAGGACUCAGUGCGAAGCAUUCUUGAGUUUGCACGGAACGAUGACACGACGCCUCAGGCCCGACAUGCUUCGUUGGCAUCCCAGACUGCACUCACGGGUGUUAACCUGCAAAAGCUCAACGACCGUAUCAACCAAAUCGACCUAAACCGGGUUCGCGAGCGGCGGCGGCGGUUUAACAUAUUUUACGAAGAAGUCAUGGUGUCUGCCGAUCCAGACAAGGGCAUUUUCUUUACGACGGUUCUGAUGAUCCUGGCUCACUACAACAUCAUCAGCGACAGUAAGAGCCUGAGGCUUGAAGAAUUCUUGCGCCGGCGUGCGAGGCUCCAGCGGGUUGAGGAGGAAGCACGACGUAGGGUUGUCUUGGGAUUUUUCAACACGCUCUAUUGGUCGAGAAAAUUCAGACGGCACAUGGAACAAAAGCGGUCUGCACGCAUGACCGGCGUGCCCCAGCUUGGUAUACCCGACAUCCUUGUUGACGACGAAGACGACCGGACAUCCGGUGCGGGGGCCGGACACAGCACCGGCGCGGCAUCGUUGCAAACAGCAGCGACGUUUCUCAGUGCCGAUCACGCAGCCGGGCCAGCACAGCACCAUAGGUCCUGGUCAGGUGCAAGCAUAGAUAUCAGCCUUCACGACACAAACUAUGCACAUCCCUUGAGUGCUCCACGUACUGGUGGACUCUCUUCACCAACGAGUUCUGGAGGACUGCAACCACAAAGGCAUCACUACAACUCCAGUGCGUUCAGCUUUGAGCUACAGGAGCCUAGUGCCCAAUUUGAAGCCGAUGGUAGCAGGCGUGGGAGCGCUGUGAGUGCCAUGAGUGGUGCGAGCGGUAUGAGCGGUGUGAGCGGAGUGAGCCCUGGCCUUGUGAGGGAAAUGCUCGAUGACUCGGUGUGGGUCGAAUCGAUCCGGAGAAGUGCUACACAACGCCGAAGCGGCUGGGGUACUUAA